AUGCUAAAGGCAAACCUCAGCGAUGGAUCAGGCUUCGAGCGAUCCGACGUGAGCGACAAAGAGGAGCAGACGGGCAGUCAUAUCUUCGGCUUGCGCUCCUCUUUUCCGGACAGCGGCCCUAGCCGGGCUCGAGCGAGUCUCAGGGCGGCAGUGAGAGAGCUGGAAGAUCGUUCUCUGCUUUCUGCUGCCUCUUGGUGCGUUGUAACAUCUUGCUAUUCGCUCACGUACACGUGCUGAUGGCUUCUACCGGCGCGACGCUGAGACUACAGGGCUCAGGAACUCCUUGCACAUGUGCCUAGAUCGCAAGACUUGCACUUCGACGAGCCGCAAGAUGCUGGUGAUGCGCCAUCGACGACCGCAAGAGCUGCUGGCACGACCCGUCGAGGGGCGCCAAGCUCCACCCCGGCCAGAUACACGCGCUCUGCCUUUCCUGUGCAUUCGACACCCGCUCUGGGAGGCAACAAUCUGGCCAGCUCGUCCACGCAUCUCCUGACGCCCAGUCAGGCUAGCAACGCUGCGGCAUCACCUGCAAAAGGCGCAGAUGAGAGCGGACGCUUCGCAUCCUUUCGUCUGCCUCCAUCUCCAUUGGCCAGGCCGUACUCUCCAUCAGACCAGGGCAGCGCUCAUGUCCACUUUGCCUCUUCCCAAGACACUUCGAGAUUAUCUAGCGUCGAUGCAGACUCGCUGGAGCGCUGGAGCAGCGCUGAUGUGAUGGACGACUACGAUGCGGACAAUUACGCUUUUGCGAGAAGUCUGUUCGGCUCCCAUCAGCUGGAGAGGUGUGCCUGGGUCCUCGAGAGCAGAAAGGUGCCGGGUGACAAGGCGAAAUUUCUGCGGCUGUACGCCAGCUUCUUGGUGGGUGUUGGCGGCGAGGGCCAGGGCGUGCUCAAUAUUGACAAGACCGCGCUGCACAGCUCGCUGAGCGACAUCUGGACACUGAAGCAGCUAUCAUCCCAGGUGAGAGUAAUGCAAAUGGGAAGCUGAUAGGCAGAAAGCUGACGAGUAAGGUGCACUGCAGUCGCUUCAAACAAGGGCAUAAGCGCAGAAACAGCAGACAGCUUGCUAAACAUUCUGCGCGAGCUCAUCGAUCCAAGCGAUGCUUUCCUGCUGUACUUGUACGUGCGGUCAGCAGAGCCCCGAUGAGAUUUUGGCAUCCUUCGCUAACGUGAGUUGCCUUUGCCCCGCAAAAUGAUUCAGGAAAGGAAUUCUGCUUCAAAAGUUUGGAAAGCGCAUCGAAGCCCUGGACUGUUUUGUGCGCAGUGUGGCAGAGUUUCCAUACUGUUGGUCUUCAUGGUUGGAGAUCAGUUCUGCACUUAAUCCUGAAAGCGAUGAGGUGAGUUGUCCGCAUUCGAGACCGUGCGUCGCUUGUCCUAAGUAUGAGGUCCGUGUGCACCGCAGCUUGGAGAAAUCGCCGAUCUCUUGCCAGAUUCCUUCAUGACUGCGUUUUUUGUGAGCCAUCACAGCCGCCACAUUGCCAGAAUUCAUCGCAGCACGAACGAUCCGCAACGCUGCGAAGCGCUACUGCGAUUAUUUCCCGGCAGCCCGUACGUCAUGAGCUGCAAAGCGCAUUCGCACUACGUGCUGGAAGGUGAGAAGCUAGAGGAGGUGAGAGAUCUCGAGGUGCGGCGACUCACUUCUCGCAUCGGACCCUUCGCAGAGUAUGCUGCAGCAGAGGUGCUGUGGAAACAGGCCCGGCAGAUUGAUCCCUACUGCAACGAAGGCUUGGGUGGCUACUCUAAUCUGCUCUUCGUGUUGAACAAGUAUGAAGAGCUCGCUCACCUCACCAACUCGCUGAUUGAGAGCGGACGCGACAGUGCAGAGAUAUGCUGUGCUCUCGGUGAGUCGCCCGGGCGGGCUUUGAUCGUGAGCAUCUGCUCACUCGUUUCAUUGCCUUGAACUGCAGCCAACUACCACACCUCUCGUGGCAACCAUCAUCGAUCUGUGCAGGCCCUGCAGAGAGCACUUCGGCUCGAUCCCUCUUGCGUCAACGCUUGGGUGCUGCUUGGUCACGCAUAUAUUGAGUUGCGGAAUGCUCAAGCUGCGACGGAAAUGUAUCGACGGGCGAUUGGUAAGUAUACCACAGCAUUCCCGCGACGAUGCGCCACGUUGAUUCAUCUCCUGGGUACACAGACAUUGCGCCACAUGACCAUCGAGCUUGGUACGGCCUUGGCUAUGCCUACGAGCUCAACGAGGCGCCACACUACUGUUUGCAUCAUUUCCAAAAAGCCUGCGCUUUAAAGUGGGUGGAGGGCGUGCACUGAGCCCGAUCGUACUCGGCUGACAAGCAAUCCUUUCCGCUGGCAGCCCGUUUCUUCCAUCCCUCUGGAUCGCGCAAGCCAAUUGCUACGAAAAACUUGGCAGGUUAGUCCGAAAUAUACAAAAAGGCUCGGCGCGCCCGCACUCAGCUGAGCACCUUCAGUUGAUUUGACGCAGAUCCCAGCAUGCCAUAUCGUGCUACAAGCGAGCACUCAGCGUCGGCUCUGCAAGCAUGGCGACCGUUGACCAGAUCAGCCACAUCGAGUGCAUCAUUACGCUUUAUGAAGCGGCAGGCGAUAUCCUUGCUGCAGCAACGUGGCACAAACGCAUUGUGGAGCUGGUAGAAGGAGCCAGAGAGAGUGCGGAUCCUUUACCUUUCGAGAGGUACGUCGCCAGCUAUGUUGUGGCGGCGCGGUGGGAAAUGGGAGACAUUGCUUCGGAGAAUCAGAAACGCAAGGAGAGAGAAGCUCUAUUGAACCCAAAUGCGUUGCGAGACAUCAAGAACUCUCAAAUCGCACGAGCGGGCGCCCAAAGAGACAAGGAUACGUCGGCUAUGGACCUAGAUAGUCAAGAUUUCCCACACCAAAUUCCAGACGCCGCGAUACCACAAAAGGAAGCGAAUCCGGCCCUUGCCAACGAGUACUUGACAAGGGUCAUCGCAGCCAAUACUGAGCACACUGCAGAAGCAGAGGACCUGCUGAAGAGGUUGGCCUUUUUGCCCGGCCCUCCCGUCUGA